UAAUAAAGUGGCCGGUGAGUGUAUGAAUUUUGUUCAUCUCUAUACUGCCCCCUAGUGCUAAUUCAUUUAAAUCUAAAUGUUUUUUUUCCCCAAAAUAAAAACCUGCAUUUUAUUUUAAGUAUGUUGAAUAUUAUUUUAAUGACCCACAGUGAAAAAAAAACAAUCAAAUUGACGCGUAUUACAACCCAGAAUCCAGUGUUUGUGAUGUUAGGGUUUAUCCAAACUAACGGCAGCUUCCUGUGAGCCAGAGGAUGAAGGGAGGGAAGGAAACAAAAAAAAAAAAAAGAGUGAAACAGACAGAAAGAGGCAGAAAAAGAGACAUGCAGCACAGAUAGGGUUGAGAGACUGACUUUCUCUUGCUUUUUUGAGGUGAAGAUGGUCAGCAUGUUUUUAGCACAGGGGAUUUGCUUUCCAUCAUUUAAGGCUCUUUCUUUGGGUGUCAUCUGAGUGUCAGAUCGUUGGCCCUCAUUUUAACAUUUCUGUUUGAUGCUCCAGACCAACUGCAUCUUUCCACAUGUGUAGAUCCAGCAUCCAAACUACAGAGAUGACCCAUACCGAGGGUUCAUCCAACCUCAACCUCACCUCAACCCUCGCCACUAACACCUCUCCACCAAACCGUGAGCCUUACCUCCACAGAUUGGCCCACUUAGACGAGGGGCUCUAUAAUGACUUCUACAGCCUAUGGAUUGCUCUGGUGGUGAUCAACACGCUCAUCUUCAUGGUCGGCAUGACCCUCAACAGUCUGGCUUUGUACGUUUUCUGCUACAGAACCAAACCCAAAACCACAUCGGUCAUCUACACCAUUAACCUGGUGGUGACGGAUCUAUUGGUCAACCUUUCGCUCCCUACUCGCAUCGUACUCUACUACAGUGGAGGAAAAUGCCUCAGUUGCUCUUACAUGCACAUAUUCAGCUACUUUGUCAACAUGUAUUGUAGCAUCCUCUUCCUCACCAGCAUCUGCGUGGAUCGCUACCUAGCCAUCGUUCAAUCUGAAGCAUCGAGAAAAUGGAGAAACCCCAAUAUAGCCAAAGCGGUUUGCGUUUGCAUUUGGUUGUUCGCCAUUGUUGUGACAUAUUCGCUUUUAACAACGGCGUUCAAGCAAUCUGGUCUUUCGAAACUCUUUGCAUUGACCAUAUUUGAGUUCUUCUUGCCAAUGGUGAUCAUUGUAGCAUUUACCAUACGAAUAGUGUGCGCUCUUUCCAGUCCAGGCCUUAUGCAGCAGAGUCGCGACAGACGCAUGAAGGCCAUGCAGCUUCUGUCGACUGUUUUGGUGAUCUUUACCAUCUGCUUCACGCCGUUUCACGUCCGUCAGGUUCUCUUUUAUUUCCACCCAGAUCUUCCUCAUCAUGUGAUUGUGUAUCAUGUCACUGUGACUCUCAGCAGCCUCAACAGCUGCUUGGAUCCGGUGGUUUACUGUUUCGUCACUAGUAACUUUCAGUCGACUAUGAAGAGGUUUUUCAGAAAUAAGGAGAGAGAGCAGACGAGUGGAGACAUUGCGAGCAUCCAGAAAAGCUCCAAGGCUUCAGGGGCAGUGAUUGCUUUGGAUAUUGGGAAAAGAAUGAAUAUGAACAGCCGAUCUGCAUGAGAACCCACAUGUUAACUGUGUGGGAUUCAGAUGGUUGGCAUUAGAAUGUCGAACCACUGGAAUUUGUGAUUGUUAAUCAGCAAAACUGUAAAUAGCUUGAUGUAGAUUUUAUGAGACUUCAACUUUGCAACUUGUUAUUUUAACUAUAAUGACCAUACCAAAAUACCAAAACCAAAUACCAUACCAAAUCAAUGUUAAAAACAUAUUUUACACACACACACACACACACACACACACACACACACACACACAGCCUACUGUAUAAGGGACAGUGCACCCCCUCUCCCACAAUAAACAAGCAAACACUGAUAAAAUAGUGUACCAUUAGGUCCUCCUGGUGUAGUGCAUGUGUUGUUUUCCCCUGCUUUUAGCUGAGGUCAUUGGUGAUUCAUACCAUUCAUACUAACAGUUAGUGUUACCAAUCUGAGAAGACCUGUGU